GAUAUUGAACUAUGUUCCCCAGACACACCUUGCAUUAAUAAGUAACUAGCACAGCACACCUUGUGCUAGCACUUUGCUUUGCCAGUAAAGAGGAAAUCCUAGCAGAGACCAAAGAACACUUCAGCACGUGGACUUCCUGUUGCGUGCACUCCAACCGUGGCAGGAAAGAGCAGCCCUUCGUCUUUUUGUGACAAACACACGCAUUCAGGGGAAGACCAGACUGUCUUUGAGCGCUUCCAACAUGGACACCACGUCACAGGGUACAGCAGGGCAGCAGAACCCCAGGAGGAACUUGGACUUCUCGUCCUUGCGCGUUAAAAGAAGCAACAAGAGCUGGGAGGAGCACCAGAGAGGAGCUUGGUCUUCUUCCUCCGCCAGAGACUUCUCAAGAAGUGAAACAUCUGGGAAGGAAGAGGCUGAUGCCGCCGUGGCCCGACUACACAGCAGCGAGGCCUGCACCACCCGAGCAGGUACCAAUCCAAGACUACACAGCAGCGAGGCCUGCACCACCCAAGCAGGUACCAAUCCAAGACUACACAGCAGCGAGGCCUGCACCACCCAAGCAGGUACCAAUCCAAGACUACACAGCAGCGAGGCCUGCACCACCCAAGCAGGCACCAAUCCAAGACUACACAGCAGCAAGGCCUGCACCACCCAAGCAGGUGAACCACCAAAAAGCAGCGUGAUCUCAGACUGUGGUGGCACCGUCCCAAGAGAAGAUGGGGGUGGGCGACCCAAAGCCCUCAAGAGGCUAAGUGCCAUGUGGUCUUCCUUCCGCAAAGGCAAAAUAGAUAGGGUGAAAGAGCAAGAUCCUGUAGAAGCAAGACCAAUAUUGGAGGAGAAGGCAUCCAGGCAACCUCGGUUUGUCAGUGGCCAGUACUUUUUUGAGUACCUGGUGGUCGUCAGUCUGAAGAAAAACAAAGAUGGCAGCAACUAUGAACCGCAGAUCACCUACCAAUUCCCGAAGAGAGACGGGAUGGGCAGAUCUCAGAAGGAGGAGGAGGAGCGGACACUAAAGGCCAUCACGCUCUUCUGCUUCCCCGAGGGUAUCAAGUGGGCUCCUCUGACAGAAUACCACAGCGAGACAUUUUCCUUCGUGCUAACGGAGCUGGACGGCAGUCGGAGAAACGGCUACUGCAGGAGACUGCUGCCCGGCGGGAGGGGGGCUCGUCCACCUGAGGCCUACUGUAUCAUCAGCAGCCUGGCUUGCUUUGGCCUCUUCUCCGAGAUUUUCGACGAGGUGGAGAAGAGGCGGCAGAUCUCCAUGGCGAUGAUUUAUCCAUUCAUGCAGAAACUGCGGGAGGCUCCGUUCCCAGCUCCUGGAAACACUGUGGAGAUUAAAAGCUUCAUUCCUGAGUCGGGCACAGAGAUCAUCAGACUGACGCGGCCGCUGGACUCCUGGCUGGAACACGUCGACUUUCCAGUGCUGUUCAGCUGCCUGACAGAUGAGGAGGUGCUGCUGGUGUUUGCCGCUGCUGUCCUCGAGAGACGCAUCAUUUUCAUUGCUGACGACUUGGGCACAUUGUCCCAGGUCAUUCAUGCGGUCGCAGCCCUUCUUUACCCUUUCACCUGGCAGCACACCUUGAUUUCCAUCGUUCCAUCCAUCCUGAUUGACGUUGUGAUGGCGCCCACUCCGUACCUGCUGGGGGUGCAGAAGCGGCUGCUGGACCAGGUCACCGAGCAGAAUGAUAUGCUGUUAGUGGAUUUAUCCCAGGACAAAGAAGAGACUUUCAUUGUUUCGGUGGGAGACGAGCCAUCUAUUCUGCCCCCCAAACUUCAAAGUGAAAUCCUGGAGGCGCUGAUUGAGAGGAAGAAAGCGUCAUCAACUGAAGAUGUGAACCGCGUGGUGUCGGAGGCUUUCCUCUUGUUCUUCGUGAAGACCGUGGGCCACUACACCUCCUACGUCAAGCGCGGGGUUUUUGAGAAGAGGAGCUUCUACAAGGCCAUCGAGUCCAAGACCACGCGGCACUUUGUCAAGAAGUUCAUCCAGACGCAGAUGUUUGAUCUGUUCAUCCAGGAGGUGGAGCAGCAGGACACUGGACCCCAGCAAGGAAUCUUUCACAAGAAGAUUGUGGAAUACCAGAAGAUGAAAAAGGCCAAGACAAAGAAGCACUAGUUGUUUGCAUGCGUGUACUGUACAUAAUAAUAUUUGGUCAAGUUGAAAGUGCGACAUAUACUGUGUUUGCAUGCGUGUACUGUACAUAAUUUGAAAGUGCAACAUAUACUGUAUUUUCAUGCGUGUACUGUACAUAAUUUGAAAGUGCAACAUAUACUGUAUUUUCAUGCGUGUACUGUACAUAAUAAUAUUUGGUCAUGUUGAAAGUGCAACAUAUACUGUGUUUGCAUGCGUGUACUGUACAUAAUUUGAAAGUGCAACAUAUACUGUAUUUUCAUGCGUGUACUGUACAUAAUUUGAAAGUGCAACAUAUACUGUAUUUUCAUGCGUGUACUGUACAUAAUUUGAAAGUGCAACAUAUACUGUAUUUUCAUGCGUGUACUGUACAUAAUUUGAAAGUGCAACAUAUACUGUAUUUUCAUGCGUGUACUGUACAUAAUUUGAAAGUGCAACAUAUACUGUGUUUGCAUGCGUGUACUGUACAUAAUUUGAAAGUGCAACAUAUACUGUAUUUUCAUGCGUCUACUGUACAUAAUUUGAAAGUGCAACAUAUACUGUGUUUGCAUGCGUGUACUGUACAUAAUUUGAAAGUGCAACAUAUACUGUAUUUGCAUGUGUCUACUGUACAUAAUAAUAUUUGGUCAUGUUGAAAGUGCAACAUAUACUGUAUUUUCAUGCGUGUACUGUACAUAAUUUGAAAGUGCAACAUAUACUGUAUUUUCAUGCGUGUACUGUACAUAAUUUGAAAGUGCAACAUAUACUGUAUUGCUAUUUGUGCUCCUCUUUUGUCAAAACACUGCUUUACAGUCUGGUGCUGCUGAGCAGAAAUAAUUUCAAAUAAAGACUACUUUUGUUAAAA